AUGUCGCUGUCAAUAUGUACGGAAUGCCUUUCGCGGCUGAGAAUCUCACCGACCACUCCGAAAGCUCUUGCUGUCACCGCAUCGACCUGGACUCAAACGACAUCUUUUCACAGUUCUGCCGUGCAAUUUAAAUCCCCUUUAUUGAAGAAGAAAGUCUCCCAAUCCGGUACCUCAGCUCCCAGAGCUCGUCAGUCCCAAUCCGCGCGCCUGAAGAAGAAAAGCCGCGACCGGCCCAAGCUACCGCCCGUCGGCGAACGUCGAGCCCAACGCCGCCGCAUCGUUCUCUCAAACACCAAUGCCUUGCCUGUAUCGGACAUGGAGACAUGGAGCAAGGAGAAUAUGGUGGACGAGAAGUCUCUUGGGCAGAUGAUGGCGCUUGACGGUGCACUGUUGGAUCAAUUGAGAGAUUCAGGAGCCUUCAAGACGACUCAGAACUGGAGUCUAUUUCGCCGGCCGGCGACUCUGAUACGAGAGGAGACGCUUCGAAUUGCGAAAGAUAUGGAAGCUAUCAAGCAAGAGGGUGGGGAAAAGAAGGUUGUCAAGCAUUUAGUCAUUGGCGAAAAGGCCAGUGGGAAAAGUGUUCUCAUGUUGCAAACCAUGAGCAUGGCCUACAUGAAUCACUGGAUCGUCCUCAACGUCCCGGAAGCUCAAGAUUUUGUGAACAACACGUCUUCGUACGCCCCUCUCCGACACGCCGACGACGAGUCUGAACACAUGUACAUCCAACCACACCUGACGCAACUCCUGCUCACCCGCAUUGCCGCCUCCAACGAAUCCGUCUUGAAGUCUCUCCGACUUAACCACGUCCCUCCCAAACCACUGUCUCUAAAGAACAACUCCACAUUACUGGAUCUCGCUCAAAAGGGCGCAGGCGACCACCACCUGUCGUGGCAAGCAUGGCAAGCCUUCUACAAAGAACUGACCGAACCAGGACAGAACCAACGUCCACCGGUCUUGGUCGCUGCCGACGGUGUAGACCAUUGGAUGGGUCCCACAGCAUAUCGCGACAGCGAGCAUAAACUCCUCCAUUCGCACCAAUUCACGUUGGUGAAGCAAUUCAUCAAUCUCCUGUUCACAGGUAGCACAUCGAAUACGUCGCCAUUUAUCAAUGGUGGCAUGGUGAUCUACAGCACCUCGGGCUCAAACACUCCCGCCUUCCCGACUUUCAACCUCAUCCUCUCCCAGAUGCGCGCUGUCCAAGUGGACUCGAUCGCUCCCACGCACCCCGAUUUCCCCUUGCCGAAGCCCUACAGUAAACCCGAUCCACGAGUCCUUGCCCUUUCCGCACCGGCCACCCGCGGAGGUUUGAACUUGCUGGAAUUGAAGGGGUUGAAUAAACUAGAAUCGAAGGGCUAUUUGGAAUAUUUUGCAAAGAGCGGGCUUUUGCACAGGCGCAUUACGGAAGGCCUAGUGAGUGAGAUGAGGGGAUUGAGCGGAGGCGGCAUUGUGGGUGAGUUGGCGAGGUUGAGUAGACGUGUGAUUGCUUGA